AAUGUUCGGAGGACUUUGCCCAAAAUAAUGGGAAUGGGAGCACACAUUAAAAGUUAGUAGAUGAGGGUUUAAUUUUUAGUUUAAUGCCAAAAUUAUCCACACUUUUCACCUAAAAACAUCUCUAAAUUUGAAAACUAUGAUUGAAAUUCCUUUCUCGCUCAGACAUUCCAAUGAUACCGGCUGGAAAACAAUCAGCGUUUGUUGCUGGAGUUAAAUGUUCUGACUUCCCUUUGCUCGUAGAUACGUUUCUUCGAACACAGAACGUCCACUAUCUGGCCUUUUGUGGCCGAUUUUUGUGAAAAAUAAUUACAAACAAAACAAAAAUAACAAUGUACAAUGUUCAAGCCGAUGGGUUUUCAGCCAAAAUACACACAGGUGGAACUUGACGUGUUUAAGAGUGGGCGUGACGCUGAUGAAGGAGGACAGCAAUCACGUAACAUGGACCUCGGAGAUAUUCCAGACAGGCUCGUUUCGAAAGACUGGUGUCCGUGUUCUCUUUGUGACCUAAUGCCAGCUAUGAUGGAAUUCCAGUGUUGUCGUGAUUUUGAAAAGGUUGAACAAAAAAGGAGUGGAUCGGAAUUAACUUGGAUCACGAACAUGUCUGCAUAACUUCCUCAGAUAGAUACGGAGUUGUUUAGACGAAGACGUGUUACAUAUCAAUUUACUUAUGAUCCAUGACAGUUUGACGAAAGGACCACUUGUGCAUCCAGUGAAAAGUCGUCAUCAAACCAAAGUGGGGGAGGGGAGAGUUGCUGUGACUGCUUUUGGAAGUUGGUAGACACUUGUGGGGGAGAGGAAUGCACCUGCAUGAGACGUUGCUUUUAAUUAGUACCGAAGUUACAGAACUACAUGGAUUGACAUUUUGCUGCAGAACCAACAAGGCUUGUGAAAAGCUAUUUAUGUGGCGAUCUGGAAGAAAAACGAAUGAAAACAACUUACAACUAAUCGAGAUGAAGAAAAAGAAGACGAGACCAGAGUAGCAGGUACAUUUCAACCGGGACAUAAUAAAGAAGUCACCAUCUUAGACAUUCCUUCCAUGCAGAGAUGAGCUCCUUUCUGCAGGGGGAGAAGAACUUCCGCCGGUGCUGUCAGACCCUCCUCAUGAUCUCUGAUCAGUUAGGAGAUGGCUGGACUUGGGAGUCAAUCCAGGGUUCAGAGGAGUGCUACAUGAAAAAGACUGCCCUCAGAUCAGUCUUCAUCAAUUCCUCACCGACAUGGAAUGAUGACAGUUUUUGUUCCGACUCAGAGGGUGCUGCAGCUGAUAAAAUGGAUGUGUAUGGCACAAAUGAUGACUGUGAUCAUGAUUGGGAAGAUUUGAUCUCAGGAUGCAGAAGUCAUGUGCUUUUCUAUGAGUAUCACAUCCUAUACUCUUGCAGCUAUAUGGCCCCUGUGCUCUAUUUCAGAGCCUCCACUCUAGAAGGGAGGAGUCUUUCUCUAGAUGAAGUAUGGAGUUCUGUUCAUCCAAAUUUCAGGUUGCGACUGCAGCACAGUCCAUUGACAACUAUCACGCAGCAGGAGCAUCCUCUGCUAGGUCAGCCAUUCUUUAUGCUCCACCCCUGUAGGACAGAGGAAUUUAUGAGACCAGUACUGCAGUUAGGAAAAGGGAAACAAAGGCAAGUAAAUUACAUUUUGACAUGGCUCAGUGUGGUAGGCCCUCUGGUGGGUUUGGACAUUUCCCUGAAAUAUUCCACCCUGCAGCCUCAACUUACUGAGCCAGAAACUGCUCUGCAGCACUCUUCACCAUCAUGACUUUGGAGGCCACAAAGGCAAAUCACCGUGUCGUGACGUUCCAGCACAAUGUGCACAAACCUGUGUUUUGCAUCCGUCAGCCGUCGUUAACCUUGAAAAUAUUGAGGGAAAAAACCCUUGAAAAUAUUGAGGAAAAAAAAACAAGACUCACUAUGGCGAUUGUAUUCUGUAAUUACUCAUCCAGUCUUUGAGAUUGGAUAUCAGUUUGAUGUCCCCUCCUCAAAGUAUCAGGUCGGAUGAGAUGAUCUAAAAUGUCAGAUUUUAGCACUGUUUGUCCAUUCCACGCUCCACUGGAGCCCCUACAGCAUGCUUUACGCAGCACUUGCUGUGAGACAGAUUUUUUGUGUAUGUGUGUACAUAUUUUUUUUUAGUGGAGCAGACUUUUUUUUUAACAGCGUAUGAAUGCUCAUUGUGUUCUGUGUCCUGAUUAGCUUAGGGAAAACCCGCAUUGUGUUGUGCUUCCCAAUUGGCUAAGGGACUGUUGACCAUUGUCAAUCAAACUCCUCCAGGCCACGUGUCCUUAACAGUACAGAUACUGUAUUCUUCAAACUGUGAAAAAGGUUAACUUAAUAUUAGAUCAUAACAUAUACUUUCUUUGUUAUUCCAAGUGUGUAGUUGUGUAACCCAUUGGUGAAUAAUAAAUUGGUCAGUUUUUCUGAUA